AUGUAUGAAGAAGAUGACGAGUACGAAGAGGACAACGAAGAAGAUGACGAAGAAGGUGAAGGAGACGAUGAAGAAGGUGAAGGAGACGACGACAAAGAAGGUGAAGGAGACGACGACAAAGAAGGUGAAGGAGACAACGACGAAGAAGAUAACGAAGACAACAAAGAAUAUAAAGAAGCAAAGACAUGCCAGAUAGGAGCUGGGGAUCGCUGCUUUGGAGAAGCUGCGGGGAAUGGAGGAUGGGAGGAAAAGGAAAAAGAACGGAAGACAGACGAGGAUCGAGACAAGAACCUGGAGAGAGAUGUGGGGUCACAAAAGGAUGUAGAGCAGGAGGUGGAACAGGUUGGGGAACAGGGGGUGUUGGGGGAACAGGAGGUGGAACAGGUGGUUUUCACUUUUGACGGUAUGGGAGCCAAAUAA